AAGCUCACAAGCCCAAACCUGGGUGUGAUCUCAUGCAAUCAAUUGCUUGUAGCUUAGCCACUGGGUUGAGGAAAUGAGCAUCUUUUAUCGAAUUCAAUAUAAUCGAUUUAAAAGCAAAUUCUGUCACUACUGCAAUGAGCUUGUGUCAACUUAGCAGCUCUAUAUAAAAGAAAGGGAUCUACAACUAUACAAGCAGUGUUGGAUUUGAUGUUAAUGCCUUAAUAUGUUGGAAUUGAUUUUAAAAAUAUUUACUAUUUCUAGGAAACAUAUUGUUUUCUAUAAUACAAUGAUUGCUGCCUAUGCGAUGCAUGGUGAUGGGGAGCUUGUAUGCAUACUCUUUCAAAAAACCACAAAAGAGCACUACACCUGUAUGCAUGACCUUUUUCAGUUGAGUGCAGUUCCUGGACAAGACUUGCUGCCUAAACUCGAAAUGCUGUUGGAAGGUGAUAUUUGGGAGCAGGGGCCUUUAGUUGAAGCCUGUAAAAUCAAUUGUAAUUCAGAAUUAGGAAAAAGUGAAGUAGAAACAUCUUGUUGAGUUGGACCUGAAAAUUCUGGAUCUUAUGUACUACUUUCAAACAUCUAUACUGCAUUUUGCAAGUGGGAUGAUGUAGCAGACGUCAGAAAGUUGAUGAAAUGCAGGAGCUUAAGAAAGACCCUUGGAAUCAGCUGGAUUUGGAUAAAAAACAGAGUGAAUGGGUUCUCUGUCGGAGACACAUUUUCCACAAACAUACAAAGACUUAUGCAUGCUGGAGAGCUUGUAUUUACAGAUGAAGACUUAUUUCAAGGAUCUCCUGUAUAAACUAAAAUAUUGGUGUCCUGAUGACAUCACUAAAACUUUUUUCCGUAAAUAUCCGUGAUGGCAAGGAUGAUGUCAACAAUGAGAGCAUUAAACUCAGCAAUGACAUUGAUACUAGAACUCAAAGAGGCAAUCCUGCAAACACAAAGUUACAAACUGCAUUUCUUAGCUAGGAUUCAACAUCGAAAUAAUGAGAUUAAACUUAUAUCUGGUAGUCUCAUGAAUUAUCAUACUGAUUGCAUAUCAAACUUAUUCAGCAAUGAAUUCACUGAGAAGCUCAACUGGGAUUCACAAAGAAAAGAAUCUCAUGCUUAUAUGGUAAAAACUGGGAUUGAAAAUGUCACAUUUAAUCAAACAAAGCUUGUUCUCACAUAUUUGGAGUCUGGGAAUUUGGGAGGUGCAUUUCAAGUAUUAAACAAAAUUCCUAAUCCAAAUUUGUUCUUGUGGACCGCUAUGAUAAGGGCCUAUACCAAGCAGGGCUACUAUGCAGAGGCCCUUAUAUUGUUUAAUGAAAUCCAUGCUGCAGAAAUCAAGGCAAGCCCUUUCAUUUUGGCAAGUGUUAUCAAGGCAUGUGCAGGCCUAAAAACUUUACAGAAGGGAAAGGAGAUUCAUUGUUAUACUAUUUCAAACGGAUAUGAAUCAAACGUGUUUCUAUCUGGUGCACUUGUGGAUAUGUAUGCCAAAUGCAAAAGAAUCGAGUUUGCAUGCCAAAUGUUUAACAAAAUGCCCCAAAGAAAUGUGGUAACAUGGAAUGUGGCAAUUACAGGUUAUGCACAGAAUGGGUAUCCAGAGGAAGCCUUCAAUCUUUUUCAUCAAAUGCAAUUAGAAGAAAUCAAGCCUAAUUUAAUUACCAUGAUUAUUGUUCUUAGGGUGUGCGCCAGUUUAAGGAGCCUGCAACAGGGCAAAGAGGUACAUAGCUAUGCUAUUAAAGCUGGAUAUGAUUUGGACGUUGCUGUGGGUACUGUUCUUGUUAACAUGUACGUUAAAUGCAGAAAUAUAGAAGAUGCAUGCUACUUGUUUGAGCAAAUUCCUGAAAGAAAUCUUGUCUCAUGGAAUGUGAUGAUUGCAGGAUUUGCUCAGAAUGGGAAACCUGAAGAUGCCCAGCGACUAUUCUGUCAAAUGCAAUUGGAAGGAAUUAAGCCAGAUGUUAUCACAUGGAAUGCAAUGAUUGCAGGUUAUGCUCAGAGUGGGUGUGGUGAUGAGGCCUUAAAAGUGUUUGAUCAGAUGCAGACAUUGGGCAUAAAACCAAAUGUGGUUACGUGGAAUUCUAUAAUUGCAGGGUAUGCCCAAAAUGAACACAAGGAUAAGGCCUUGAAAUCAUUACAUCAAAUGCUACUGUCAGGUGCAAUACCUAAUUCGGUUACCGUUGCAAGUGUUCUUCCUGUCUGUGCCGACAUUGCAUCUUUGCAUCACGGAAAAGAGAUUCAUGCAUAUAUGGUCAGGUGUGGUUUCAUGUCAGACAUCAUUGCAGGGAGUGCUCUUGUGGAUAUGUAUGCCAAAUGUGGGAAUGUAGAGAUAGCUCAUAACGUAUUUGACAAAUUCUCUCGAGCUGAUUUGGUAUUAUGGAACACAAUGAUUGCUGGCUAUGCGAUGCAUGGGCAGAGUGAAUGUGCUCUUACACUCUUUAACCAAAUGCAAAAGGAAAAUAUGAAGCCAGAUCACGUCACUUUCAUUGGUGUUCUCUCUGCAUGCAGCCAUGCGGGACUUGUUCAGAAAGGUUGGGAACAUUUUUUUUCCAUGAAUCAAGUUUAUAAUAUUCAACCCCAAGUGGAACACUAUGCUUGCAUGGUUGACCUUCUUGGUCGUGCUGGGUGCUUGGAUGAAGCUCAUAGAAUUAUCAUUAAUAUGUCAAUACAGCCUGAUUCUCGUAUAUGGGGUGCUUUGCUUAGUGCUUGCAGAACCCAUUGCAAUCCGGAGCUAGGAGAAUGGGCUGCAGGACAUCUUUUUCAAGUAGAUCCUGACAAUAUUGGUAGUUAUGUCCUAUUAUCAAACAUCUAUGCUGCAGCAGGCCGAUGGGAUGACGUAGCAAAGACUAGAAUACUAAUGCGGGAUAGGGGACUCCAAAAGAAACCAGGAUCUAGCUGGGUUGAGGUUAAAAACCGAACUCACACAUUCACAGCAGGAGACACAUCACAUCCACAAAUGAAGGAAAUCUAUGCCAUGCUAGACAUUUUGGGUAAACAGAUGAAGUUAGCAGGUUAUGUACCUAAGACAAAGUUUACAAAUCAUGAUGAGGAUUAGGACAAUCUAGAGUUUGGAUUUGAGCGGUGAAGGUGUUUUCUUGUUAAAAGUGAUUUUUUAAAUAAAAUAAAAUAUUCUUUAUUUAAUAUAUAUUUAUUUAGUA